AUGUCAAGAUCACAAGACGAAAAAUCAUUCAUAUCGCAACACCUAGCAGCCCUAUCUCAUCUCAGGACAGCUUAUCCACCAGACUAUGUUCCCCCUCUUGAGGACUUACCACGUCGUCCACCUAUCAUCCCUAUCGACGCACUCCCUCCACCGGAGAAACAUUCCUCCAACUCAGAAUCCGAAACGAUCACCAUAACGAUCAAAUCCUUCAAACCCGCGCUCUCCUUCUCCGUCUCCCUCUCCCCACUCGACCCUAUCUCACAGCUCAAGCACCAGCUCGCCCUCCACCCCCGUGCCCCCCCUACCGACGCCCAGCGGCUCCUGCUCAAGGGGAAAGCACUCGUCGACGCCCGCCUCGUGAAAGAGUACGAUAUCACAGAGGGGAGCACGGUGAUGCUCAUGGUCAAGCCUGGGUACGAAUGGACCCAGGCAAAACCCGACGACAAUCCGAUGGAGAUCGACACCCCUCCUCCCCCUCCGGGUAGAAGCUCAACUCUCUCACCGGGCAACCAGCCUAUCCCAACCCUAACACUCUCGACCGAGAUCCCUUCCCGCCCUCCUACGCCCUCAGGCCCCACCCCUCCCCCUCAGCUACACACCGUCCCGAUCAACACGGACAUCCUUACUGCCUCCAUCCCCAGCACCUCGCCCGACGCGGGCACGCCCGCCAAGUAUCAUCAGACGAUCUCCUCCAAGAGUUUCUGGACGAGGCUGUAUGGGUUUUUGAGGCUCCAGUUUGAGGAAGAGGAGGAUGCGGCGGCUGCAUUGGACCAGUUCUUGUUGGCUAGUAAGGGGAGCUUGACUGCGGGGGAGAUCGCGAGGGUGAGGGAGGCGGUCGGCGUUGUAGGUAUGGGAGGGAAGGGCCUGUAGAGCAGGGUUACUGGGUGCAUGAGGGCGUGUGGUGUAGUGUUGCACUACACGGGAGAUGGGGGUUGGUAAGAUUGAGAUUGAGCUGGGAUGAGAAUUGCAGAUGUUAUUUUUUCCGCUCCGGUCCGUCGAGCUACUGUUCUGUUCUACUCUGCAAUUAC